UAUUUUUUGGAAGGUGGUUUGUUUAUUGGAACCAUAAUGACACUUCUAAACGGGCCAAGGCUUUUGGAUUUGGCAAAUUCACCUCCGCAUCUACAGUUCAACAAAUAUGUUCUGACAGGUUACCGGCCGGCAUUAUCAGUGCAGGAUUGUAUCAAAAGCUUAUUCUACCUGCACAACGAGUUUGGGAACAUUUACACGCAUGGAAUUCCAUUGCUCUGUUUCCUGGUGCUGCUCCCCCUAAGCAUCCCCUGGUCUCAGAUCAAUGUCACAUGGCUGGGUGUGGUGCAUUUUCUAGCCUGUCUAUCCCCAGAGGUUGGCUCUGUGCUGUAUCACCUCUUCAUGAACCAUGAGGGCGGGGCACCAGUCUACCAUACACUGCUGUCCCUCGAUAUGCUCGGCGUCUGCAUGGUCAACACCUUGGGAGCGCUGCCCAUCGUAUACAUCACACUUCUGUGUCACCCCUUCAUCCGAAACACAGCCCUUCUGGCCUACGUCUUGCUCUCCAUCCAUGGUGUCUACUGUGCUGUCACGGCCCGGAGCAACCUACGUCGUCUGCGAUCCUUCGCCUGGCAGGCGCUCUUUCGCUUCUUCCUCUUCACGCUGCGCUGGAGCGGCGUGGGCACGGGCAGCCCCUCGUCGCUGCGCCACUUCCUCGUCAUGGACUUCCUGGCCAUGCUGGGCGGCAUCGUCAACAUCAGCCGCAUCCCGGAGCGCUUCCGGCCAGGGCUCUUUGACUACUGGUGCAACAGCCACCAGAUAAUGCACGUGCUGGUGGUCCUCUCAAUCGUGUUCCUACACUGGGGCAUGGUGGAAGACUUACUGUGGCUCAACAACUACCACUGUCUGCCAGAGUGA